AUGUCCGUACCUCCGGAAGCAGCUAAUGACACAUUGAAAGUCAUACUGGUCAUUGUGCAAUCGCUCAUGAAGCGAUGCAUCAAGGUGAAGGAGGGCGAUCCCGAGGCCUUGAAGCUAUCGGAUGAGAUAGCCAGGCGCGUGGCAAGAGACUUGAAACUUUACGCGGGAACAGCAACAUCAUUCUCUCCUCUGCUACUCUCCUGUGCCACCAUUAUCCGGCAGUACUCAAGGGGCGGCGCCUUUCAGAGUGUCCCCGACUGGACCUCUGUUACUGAUGACGACCCACAAAUCAAGGACCACCUGCGAUUCCAGAAGACCGUCCACUAUCACCCACCCUCUGCGCUUGAUGUCCCCGUCAUUGCAACAUCGAGCAUUCCCACCAUGAAACCAAUCCAGAUGACUCUUAGAGGAGAAGCAACAGCCUGCCCUCGGCCGGAACAGGAUGAUCAGCCUGCACCAGCCAACAUCGCCGAUCCCGAGCCAACUGCAAGGGACAUCCUGCAGGGAAUCCGGGACCUCAGCAAGAGACUGGAUCUCUUUGCCAUCAAUGACUGUGUGGAUGCCUUGGAGAUAAGAGUGCGUUCGGUGGAAAAUAUCCUCCACCAGCGGUUGAAUGCACUGGAGCAAUGCCUCAAUGCCUCGGAUGCCCGGUAG